UCCUGGGUUUGUGAACUCUUCUGGCCUUGAAAGAAUGACUGUUGAGCAGAAAAUUGAUGAGAAUAACGAUCAGUUUCCAGUGGGUAUUCGAGUUCUGGCCGUAGACGAUAACCCAAUUUGCCUCGCGCUGUUGGAGACUUUGCUUCGUAAAUGCCAAUACCAUG